AUGGCGACGGCCAUGCAAAUCACCGUGGAAGGGGAGGACAUCUCCUCCGAUGAGUUUGAAAACAGCGUCGGAUGGACUACGGCGGUCAGCAAGCGCAAGUCUGCUACGAAGAACGCGCCCAGGCAAGGUGACCGCGCCUCGCCCGCAUCACGUGGCGAGAAACGAAGCCGUACUCCGGCUAGUGUGAAGAAACGUAUCACUACUGCUUCGAGGCUGCCCCACUUGCCAAGGGAGCACAUUCGAGUCAUUGUUCGCCCCCGCGGAGGCCUGGACAUCAAGAAGGUGGGACAUCUUAGGGUCGCCCAAGCCCUAACCGUCGCCGCAAACCUACAAGCGAUUGAUAUCACGGAGGACAUCAUAUGCCCCAACAUGAUGCAAAACAUCAUGAUCGUGAGCACCCCCUUGAGAAGUAACGCCAUGGCGUACGCAGGGGUGGAGGCAAUCACCAUUGGCGAAGCCAACUACGAGCUUAAUGCUUACUUCGCCGCCCCCGAGAACUCAUGCAAGGGGGUCAUCCACGGCGUCGAUCCCGCCAUAGAGCAGGAAGAAUUACAGCGCCUCAUCAUCCAGCCCAAGAACCCCAGCGCUCUCGAGGUCGAGCAUUUGCUCAUUGAAAUUAUUCCUGGGAGGUACCUCAAAGAGAGCAUCUUCAUCCUCAACAUGUACAGCUCGCCCAACGACCAUAAACAGAGAUUUACCAACAUCAUCAAUAAGGCAGUGAGCCGGGCCAAGGCGUGUCCGUUACUGGUGGCAGGGGACUGCAACGCCCCGCACCAAGCGUGGGGCUAUCCCCAGUCCCGCCUCAAAGGGAUAGACUUGUGGCAGGUCACAACCAACCACAACCUCCUCCUUCUCACAGAUCCGGCGUUCCCCACAAGAACCGGAAACUCCUGUACGCGCGACACUACUCCCGACCUGUGCUUCGUCAGGGGCUUCAAAUCGGCCUCCUGGACCAAUCUCAACGAGAAUCUAGGAAGUGAUCAUAACAUUCUGGUCACAACCCUAGAGCCAAAUCUGGGUCAACAGCCGGCCUCGUCGGUGAUGGCGGCGGCUUCGUCGCAGGUUCGCAAGUUGUACCCGCACAUUGCGUUCGAGCUGAUCGGCCGCCGCGGCUACACGUCAUGCAUCAACAACUACGCGGGCAACUAUGCGGCCGAAGAGUACCUGGGCGGCGGCGUGGCGGCCUUCGUGGGUCCCGGCUGCUCCAUGGCCGUGGACUCGGUGGGCCGACUCGCCUCGCACUGGAACGUGCCGGUGUGCACGGCGGCUGGUGUCGGGGCGCAGUUCGAGGACCGCACCAUCUACGGCACGCUGGUACGCCUCGCGCUCACCAUCAACGCGCUCCGGGAUGCUUUCCUCCAGGUGCUGCGCCACUUCGGCUGGCGGCACCUGGUGGUGCUCUCGGACAGCUCGCAGUCCUUCUUCCGGCAGCUGCGGCGCGCGCUCGAGGGCCUAUUUGCUGACCCUGACACGGGCGUGCGCGCCGUCUUCCGCGACUUCGAUUCUAGCCGAUCGUCCGUCAACUACACCUCGCUGCUGGUCGAAGGUCGCUCGUACGCGCGCGUCUUCCUACUGGCCGGUGAUGGCGAGGUCAUUCGACAGCUGCUGCUUGACGCACACGAUCUAGGCAUGCACGACGGUCAGUUCGCCUUCCUCACGGCCGAACCGUACAAGAACGAGCGUUACUUUGGAGAGUUCUCCUGGUACAAAGAAGGGGACUCCCGGAACACGGAAGUCCGUAAGAUGUACGAGGCCCUGAUGAUCCUGUCGCUCAAGAUCCCCACCAGCCCCGAGUACAAGCAAUUUGUGCGCCAGGUGGUGCAUAACUCGAGGAAAGAGUUCAACACCACCAUCGAGGAUUCCAUUGUGAACGUGCUCAUCGCGGGCUUCUACGACUGUGUCCAGCUGUAUGCAUGGGCGCUGAACGAGACGCUCGCCAACGGUGGAGAUCCCAUGGACGGCCGUGCACUUAUCGACCUCAUCAUGAAUAGCACGCGCUACGGAUUGACGGGUAAAAUCCACUUCAACGCCAAUGGAGACCGCAUCGCGGAGUACGCAUUGAAGGCUCUCGACCCUACCACACUCGAAAUGCGGCCCGUGGCUGUGUACCACGGGGCGCGACAGGUGCUGGUGCCGGUGGAGAACGUGACCAUCUACUGGCCGGGUCAGCGAACCGAGCCACCGCAGGACGUGCCCGAGUGCGGCUUCCUUGGGGACGCCCCUCACUGCCAGCGAAAAGAAUCGCCCACGCUGCUGAUCGUGGUGACACUGGUGACGCUGCUGAGUUUCUUCGGCAUGGCCAUAGUCGCCCUCCUGUUCUACCGGAGGGUGCAGCUGGAGACGCAACUAGCAAACUUCUGGUGGAGCAUCAAGUGGGAGGACAUCGCUUUUCCGGAGAGAAGCCGGAAGUCUGCUAGUAGCCUCGCCACCAACGACGAAGGCCUGUCCAAAGGCUCGCCCGUGAGUUCUUCGGGAACAGCGCUUUACUCUCGGUUUGCAGGCGCCUGCUCUACACAGGGUUGCUACGGCGAUGUCCACGUUGGGAUUUACAAGGGCAUGACCGUGGCAGUCAAGACCAUUCGCAUCACCAAGUUCACGGCCACGCGAACCAUACUCCUGGAGCUAAAACAGAUGAGGGACGUGACGCACGAGAACCUGGUUCGUCUGGUGGGGCUGACCACAGAGGACCCGAACGUGGGACUCGUCAUGGAAUACUGUCCCCGGGGAAGCCUCAGGGAUCUCCUGGAAAACGAGUCAUUGAAGCUGGACUGGACAUUUAGGUACUCCAUCAUCAACGAUAUUGUCGAGGGCAUGAGCUUCCUGCACGGCGGUUUCAUCGGCUUCCACGGCCGUCUAAAGUCCACUGCCUGCCUCAUCGACGCCCGGUUCGUGGUCAAAAUCUCAAACUUUGGCCUGCGAGAGCUUCGCAAGCAAGUGACGCCGCCCGACAUCGAGAACCCUCGCAGUCUUCUGUGGACGGCCCCGGAACACUUGCGCGAGGAGAUGCCAGGCGGCUCGGUCAAAGGAGACGUCUACAGCUUCGCCAUCAUCCUUCAGGAGAUCCUCACGCGCUCGGGGCCCUUCGAGAACUUGGAAAAGUAUUCCAAGCACUUCCUGCCCCCAGAAGAGAUCCUGUUCCGGGUGAAGCUGGGCUCGCGGCCGCCGUUCCGGCCUGACGUGACGCCCGCCGAUUGCCCGCGCGAGCUGCUGUCACUCAUGAAGCUGUGCUGGAACGAGAGCCCCGCGCUGCGACCUUCGUUUGCCAUACUCAAGCAGCUCAUGCGCAAGUACACCAGGCGAAUGGGCAGCAGCAACCUGCUGGACAACCUUCUGCAGCGCAUGGAGCAGUACGCCAACAACCUGGAGCAGCUGGUCGAGGAGAAGACGGCCGCGCUGGUCGAGGAGAAGCGCAAGAGCGACGAGCUGCUCUACGAGGUGCUGCCGCGCUCGGUGGCCGAGCAGCUCAAGCGCGGCGAGUACGUGCAGCCCGAGGCGUUCGAAUGCGCCACCAUCUGCUUCAGCGACAUCGUCGGCUUCACGGCCAUCUGCGCGCACAGCACGCCCAUCGAGGUGGUGGAUCUGCUCAACGACCUGUACUCCUGCUUCGACGCCAUCAUCAUCAACUACGACGUCUUCAAGGUGGAGACCAUCGGCGACGCCUACAUGGUGGUGUCCGGCCUGCCUGUGCGCAACGGCAAGGAGCACGCGCGCGAGGUGGGCCGCAUGACGCUGUCGCUGCUGACGGCCAUCUCGGGCUUUCGCAUCCGGCACCAGCCGUCCAACAAGCUGCGGCUGCGCAUCGGCGUCCACUCGGGCCCCUGUGCGGCCGGCGUGGUGGGCCUCAAGCGACCCCGCUACUGCCUUUUCGGCGACUCGGUCAACACUGCCUCGCGCAUGGAGAGCUGCGGCGAGGCCAUGAAGAUCCACAUCACGCGCGAGACCAAGCGCCUGCUCGACACCUUCGGCACCUUCCGCCACCGGCUGCGCGGUGACAUCUACGUCAAGGGCAAAGGCAUGAUGCGCACCUAUUUCCUGGAAGCAGAGGACCCUCCUUUCUCGCCGGACAUAGGCUUGCAGGGUACAUUCUUCACAAACGAGCACCUGAUGCGCCAGCUUUGAACGGGACCAACUUCCAUCGAGGGUCACCGGCACCGAUUGUCCGCAUCGCUUUUCAUGAGUGGCGCCUGCAAACCACAUUGUCGCGCCUAUGUGCUCAGCUGCAUAAGAACGAGCUCCGAAGGAAUCGAGUGGCUGGCUUGACCGGUAGUAUAGGCUUUACUAGUCGCCAGAUCAUGUAACGCAGUGCGGUCGCCAAGGUCCACUGGAAGAGGAGGCAUGUGACGCGAAUCUGUUUCAAUCACGCUUGCUUGCUUGCUUGCUUUCUUUCUUUCUUUCUUUCUUUCUUUCUUUCUUUCUUUCUUUCUUUAUUUCUGUCUUUCUUUAUUUCUUUCUUUCUUUCUUUCUUUCUUUCUUUCUUACUUUCUCUCUCUCUCUCUCUCUCUCUCUUUCUUUCUUUCUUUCCAGUGUACCUAAUCACAUGUAAGAAUAGGCACACACUUAAGUCGCGAGCACUGAUAAGCCGAAAUGUUUAAGCCGGGAUCCCUCCUUCCCAGGCUCUUUCGAGGUGCAACAUCAGGAAGUUUUGAGGAAGGGAGCACGGUGGCGAAUAUUUUGGAAGUAAAAUUUUGCUCGUAUCAGUCGGCACCGAGAGAAGGCAGUAACGAAAGAUGACGUGCACGGGUUCCUGCCUUUGACUGCAACUCAAUAGUGUUCAUUUAACUUUACUAUAAGCUAAAUCAAGUUAUAUAAUAUAUUUAAAUAGUUUAAAAGCCGCAGUGCGAGGGAAAUGCUCGUACACAUCCUCCUUGAUCGAGUUAAGAGAUAAUUUUUGACUCAAGCAUUGUAUUUAUCACGUGUCUCGUGUCAUACCAUCGUCAUGGGGACAUGCAAUCCACGUUAUCACAUUUCGCGAAACGUACGCAGCCAAUAAACUAUUGCCCCGCACUUUACUUUAAUUCAAGAUUUUCUCUGCUUGUUCUUACUGGGCUUGCGCACGUAGCACUAGAAAAUGCUGUGUUUCAGUUCUACAUUCCUACAAUCACCUGUGGAGGCUUCCUGCACUCAAAGCUCACAACACGACAUUGCAUCUGAAGGCCGGGCUGAUGUAAAGACAGCCACUGGGUAUUCUCCACUCCAGAAAGAAAACUAAAAGAGUUAAGAGGCAUAUGAGAGGGAAAAAUUGACCCCCACUCAAGAGUUGCAGGAGGCUACAAAGGAAAACCAUACGUGUUUCUUAGAUAGAAAGCUUCCCGGUUAAGGCAACAUUCGUCCUGGUCCGGGGAUCAAACCCGGGACCAACAUCAUUCAUUCAGGGGUAAGGUGGGGGUCGCUGUGCCAUUUGAGCUAAUCAAGAGACUAGCAGACGGCAGCUCAAGGCCGAAUUAAUCGACAACUCGAAGCGCAAGGAACACUGAAUAGACAAAUCAAAUCUGAAAGGGAAAAAUUGUCAUCCGCUCAAUAGCAGCAGGCUACAAAACUACCCCGGCCUUGCGGAUUGAUUUGCUUACAAGAGGCAAAGCACGGCUAGUUAUAAAUUAACAGGCUGAAUUUGGAAAAACCAUACUUGCGAGGUAAACAGGUGAGGAGCGACACCUAAUUUCGUCUCCUGAGUGGUUGCCUCUUUAGAAAAGGCUGCAAUUCGUGCCACUUGUUUGUAAGACUCCAUUAGAGUUCAUAUUCGGCUCUGAGAGAUUCGGAAUUACCCUCUCCUCAGCAGGAGUGUACUGCUUACAGCCGCUGCGCCGAUUUUCUGUGGCGUGCUAAGGUAAGGACAAGCUUUGCAGCUUUGACACAAUUAGCAGCAGCGAUGUCACUUUUCAUUGCACGGACGACCUCUCGAUUGCAAAUGCUCUAAUACAGCCGUUCGAGCGAACAGCCGACGGUCGCGUCUCUUUUGUGUCUCUACAAUACUGUUUGUGCUUGUAACGAUACCCCCUGAACUCAAUGCAUUGUACGCAGAUAUGUCAUUAUGAUCACGUGUUGUGGAUGUUAUCGUCAACAACCUGCCAACAGCAGCAGCAUGUGCUUUAUGGCAGCUUUCACUGCCUACAUACUUUUCGUUGGUGUCAUCUGUGUGUGCAAACACGUGUCAUUUUUCGUGAUUUAUUUGUUUUCUCAUUAACAGCCGCAACGCGCGCGGUCCUUUUGUUAGGCAGACUGCGACCUCCAGCGUAGCAAAGGGCAGACGCCAAGUUGUUCGUCGUUUCGUGUACCCCACUUGUUAAGCGAGUGUGCAAGCAAGGUCGAUCUCACUUGUCUAGAACUUGUGAUGCGUGUUUCAUGGCAACCUUCCCUAACUGCAUACUUGCCGUCGGCCCCAUCUGUGUGGAACAAUCUGAGCUCGAUGGCUUUCACUCUGGUCAUGAAAGAAGUCAGGCCAAACAUUGCCGUCGCCAGCGAACGUGUUCACUCACCUGCUCCCAAUGCACGCACAUAAGUCACUGUCCAGUGCGCGGCCAGCUUUGAUACUAACAUUUAUGCACGGUUCUAUACGAGCGUGAUCGACAUCGUACACGUAGUGCUGUUAUCGUACGUGCUAUAGUCGCCUCGCGUGCAACCCUUCACAGUCAUGAUUGUACAUGCACAUUUCGUCAAUAAUUCGAGCG